GACGCUAUCAUUGUACAUCUCUGGCCUAGCAGAAAACUUUGUGGACAUGUCGCGAUAAGUUUAAGAUGCCGCAAAAGUUUUACUCUUGUGUGAAAGUCAUUAAAGUGUUGAAUAAAUGAGAGAUUGUGUGAUGUGUAAUGUGGUGGCCGAACUAUAGACUAUUAUGUGUCUAGUGACAUUAUUCAGACUAUCAGAAAUAAAGUGUAUUUGUACGCAUCGUUUUGCCUGACUAUGAUGUUUCAGACAGAGAAGAAAGCAGGUGACUGAGUUACAUGGCUCAGCCCGUGAGCAGUCCCAACCAUGUCAUAUACUGAGCUCGAACAUGGUUACCAGGGGCUGAGAAAUUCAAGGAAUCCUCUUUAUUGCGAAGAACCAGAAGGUGCUGGUGGUGGUGGUGCUGGUGGUGGGGUUGGUGUUGGCGUUGGUGUUAGUGCUGGUGGUGGAGUUAGAGCUGUGAAAACGUGGGGCAAUCUGACAGAAUACAGAGAAGAUGGCGGUGGAGACACUAAACAAGUUGUUGUUGGAGUAUGUGCUAUGGCAAAGAAAUCACAGUCAAAACCGAUGAAAGAAAUCCUGACAAGACUUGAAGAAUUUGAAUUUAUUAAAAUUGUGAUAAUACCUGAAGAAAUUAUUCUAAAAACAUCUGUGGAACUUUGGCCAAAGUGUGACUGUCUUAUUUCCUUUCAUUCGAAGGGUUUUCCAUUGGAUAAGGCUAUUCAGUAUGCUAAUUUAGUAAAACCCUUUAUAAUUAAUAAUCUGCAUAUGCAGUAUGAUAUACAGGAUCGGAGAAAGGUAUAUUCCAUUUUAGAAAAGGAAGGAAUUGAAAUACCACGUUAUGCUGUCCUGGAUAGAGAUUCCCCUGAUCCAAAACAUCAUGAACUUGUGGAAUCUGAAGACCAUGUUGAAGUUAAUGGGAUCAUCUUCAAUAAACCAUUUGUUGAAAAGCCAGUUUCUGCUGAGGAUCAUAAUAUUUAUAUAUAUUAUCCAACUUCAGCAGGGGGAGGAAGUCAAAGACUGUUCAGAAAGAUUGGAAGCAGAAGCAGUGUAUACUCAGCAGAAUCAAGAGUCCGCAAGACAGGUUCAUACAUUUAUGAAGACUUUAUGCCAACUGAUGGCACCGAUGUGAAGGUGUAUACUGUUGGCCCUGACUAUGCCCAUGCAGAAGCACGUAAAUCCCCAGCUUUGGAUGGCAAAGUUGAACGUGACAGUGAAGGAAAGGAAAUUAGAUAUCCUGUAAUAUUAAGCAAUGCAGAGAAGCUGAUAUCAAGAAAAGUUUGUUUGGCAUUCAAACAGACUGUGUGUGGAUUUGAUUUGCUGAGAGCCAAUGGAAAAUCUUUUGUUUGUGAUGUGAAUGGAUUUAGUUUUGUAAAAAAUUCUAACAAGUAUUAUGAUGACUGCGCCAAAAUAUUGGGCAAUAUGAUUCUUCGUAAGCUUGCCCCAACACUCCAUAUACCUUGGUCUAUACCAUUCCAACUUGAUGAUCCACCAAUUGUGCCAACAACUUUUGGAAAAAUGAUGGAGCUGAGGUGUGUUGUUGCUAUUAUUAGACAUGGAGAUCGGACUCCAAAACAGAAAAUGAAGGUUGAAGUUCGACAUCCAAAGUUUUUUGAGAUAUUUGAAAAGUACGAUGGUUAUAAAGAUGGCCAUGUUAAACUGAAACGCCCAAAACAGCUGCAGGAAAUACUGGACAUUGCUCGAUCUCUUCUGAGUGAGAUUGAGCUAAGAGAAGCUGAUCCAGAAAUUGAAGAGAAACAAGGAAAACUAGAACAACUGAAGAGUGUUUUGGAGAUGUAUGGGCACUUCUCAGGGAUUAAUCGGAAAGUGCAGAUGAAAUACCAACCAAAAGGGAGACCACGAGGCUCAAGCUCUGAUGAUGAUGUGCCCAAAGAGCCAUCCCUUGUCCUAAUUCUAAAAUGGGGUGGUGAAUUGACACCGGCUGGUAGAAUACAAGCCGAAGAGCUGGGAAGGAUCUUCCGCUGCAUGUAUCCAGGAGGACAAGGUAGACAUCUGAGUGGUGAAUAUGCUGGAACACAAGGCCUCGGAUUACUGCGCCUGCAUUCAACUUUCCGUCAUGAUCUUAAAAUAUAUGCAUCGGAUGAAGGACGGGUGCAAAUGACAGCAGCUGCUUUUGCUAAAGGCUUAUUGGCACUUGAAGGAGAACUCACACCAAUCUUGGUCCAAAUGGUGAAAAGCGCAAAUACGAACGGUUUAUUAGACAAUGAUUGUGAAUCAAGCAAAUACCAAAAUAUGGCCAAAGCUCGUCUCCAUGAACUUAUGCAAAAGGAUGCUGACUUCACAAAAGAGGACCGUGAGAAGAUUAAUCCGUGCAAUGCACUAAGUAUCAACACUGCAUUGGACUUUGUGAAGAACCCUGUUAAGUGCUGUGAGCAUGUCCAUCAACUGAUUCAAAAACUGAUGAAUAUUGUAAGGAUUAAAAAAGAUGAUGCGAAAACUAAAGAUGCUGUCCUUUACCAUGGUGAAACAUGGGAAUUGAUGGGUCGUCGCUGGGGAAAAAUAGAAAAAGAUUUUUGUACAAAAAAUAAAACUUUUGACAUAUCUAAAAUACCUGAUAUCUAUGACUGUAUAAAGUAUGAUCUGCAGCACAAUCAACAUACUCUGCAGUUUGAGCAGGCUGAAGAACUUUAUAUAUAUGCAAAGUAUUUAGCAGACAUUGUAAUACCACAGGAAUACGGCUUAACAGUCCAAGAAAAACUUACCAUAAGUCAAGGCAUAUGUACACCGCUCCUCAAAAAAAUACGUGCAGAUCUGCAAAGGAAUAUUGAGGAAUCUGGCGAAGAAACUGUCAAUCGUUUAAAUCCGAGAUACUCCCAUGGUGUUUCAAGCCCUGGUCGCCAUGUUAGAACGAGGCUAUAUUUUACCAGUGAGAGCCAUGUACAUUCACUUCUAACCGUUCUGAGAUAUGGUGGUUUACUUGAUGUUGAAAAAGAUGAACAAUGGCGCCGGGCAAUGGAGUAUGUUAGCAUGGUCUCGGAACUGAACUAUAUGUCCCAAAUUGUAGUUAUGCUGUAUGAAGAUCCAACUAAAGACCCCUCUUCAGAAGAAAGAUUCCAUGUGGAAUUACAUUUCAGUCCUGGUGUCAAUUGUUGUGUUCAGAAAAACUUGCCUCCAGGCCCAGGGUUCAGGCCACACAGCAGAAAUGAGACUGGGAGCACACCUUCAGUGACAGAUGAAAUGCCUUCUGCUGGAAAUGGUACCCCAGGAACACCUGGAAGCCCUUCCCAAAGCAGCUCAGUUGAAGAAACUGCGAUCCAGGUGCCAGAGUAUGAAGCACAGCCAGACAUUUCAUCGGCACAUAGUCCACCGUCAGAAAAGGCUGAUGAAGAAGAAGAAAAUUACAACUCAAAAGCUACUUCAUCUCAGCCGAUACCUAUAAGGUCACCAUUGGCAAAAGGAAUCAGCAGUACUGAAGCUUCAGAGUUGGCGUUACGUCUGGCAUGUGAAGUUUAUGGCCAACAGAGCAACAGGAGCUCAUCAUAUGGGGGUGAUGAACCACCGAGUCCUGAUGGUGAAUUCCGCUCAAAGAGCUAUGAAAAUAGGAGGAGAGAGAGAAGUGCAGUCAAAAGAGCAUCUGCAAAAUUCACAAAUUUUGGAAAACAUUGUUACCUAACACUUCCAUCGCCUUUAUCGCGUUCAAAGUCUUCCCCAAGCCUUAUGCCUAAACCCGCACCUGUUGUAGAAACAAUCCCUACACCAUCUUUUUCAGAUCGUAUUGCAUCAUGGCGGCACAACGCACAGAAAGAGACCUGUUAUCUUAGGAUGCUGGGAUUCCCUGUUGAAGGUUCUGGAUUUAAACUGCAGAGGAAAGUGGGUGCUUCUACAAGGAGCCUUUUCAGCACUGCAGUCAUUAGUGGGUCAUCUAGUGCUCCCAAUUUACGAGUUUCAACUGUUUCUAAUGUUUCUGCAAUUGAAGGGUGUGGUGGAGUGCCCCCCAUACGGCCUCUAGAGACUUUACACAAUGCUCUGUCACUGAAACAACUGGAUUGUUUCCUAGAGACUGUUACAUCUGCACCUCUGUUUCGCUCACCGUCCUCUUCGCCUCCAAAUUUUCCAUCUACACCACAUUCGUCACUGGUUCUUCAUCACUUGCCAUUGCAGUCUCCAAGCAGUAGUUUACAGUGGAGUGGUCCACCUUCAUUUGUAUCCAGCAGUGGAGCUUCCUCACCAAAUGGAGCUGAGUUUUCCAUGCGAGAUGCAAUGACUGUGGAAAACCGUGAUAGACCUGAAAAUGUAAUUACUACUAAAGGAUAUGACUUCACUGCUGCAAUGGCACAAAUUUUUCCAACAGUAUUUGAUCAAGAUUUGUGUGAUAUAAAUAUAUCAGACCAUGGAAAUGCAGAUACUUCCAGAGCCAUAAUGAGGGACACUUUUAAUGUGAGUGGAAUUUACAGUUGCCGAAAUAUGGGGUCCUUCAGUGGGAGCGAAUGCCUGUCUGGCCUUGAUAGUCGAGAUGGUGCUGACAGUGGUGAAGUAACUCCUGUUUCUGUCUCUGCAAGUUCUGAAUUUGAAUUUGAUGGGUACUUCUCUAAUAUUGAAUUAGAUACUUCAGAUUCUACUGUAAUAGAGAAUGUACCCAGCACUGUAAGACAAGAUAAUGUACAAGAAACUCAGGAAAAUGCUGUUGUGAGUUUCUCUGGAAAGUCAGUAGUAGAUUCACUCGGAACCUUUACUGUUAAGGACACUAUUGCAAGCAAGAAGGAUAGAAGUAUAGGACUUGAUGGGGCCAAGUUUUUAUCUUGGCUUGAAACCACUGAUGUUUCAGAAGCUCGUGAGAGGCAGGGACCUGAGGAGUAUGCAGUGGAUGCUGAAAAUAUGGUAGAUGCUGAAAUUGAUGUUACAGAUGAAGAAGACAAGACAAUAACAUCAUCUAUGACCUCCACCUCACCUGCAAGGAAAACUAUCUUUCAGGUGUUUGGUGACAAUGCACUACGAGCUUCAUGUAAUCCAGCAGAAUCAGACGCUAUGGCGGGGGGAGAGCCUGUGCCAGAACAUAACACUGAGAAAAAAUCUCCAUUUUCCAUACACUCCAGACUGUAUGUGUGGCCUAGUGAUCGUGGUGACAGUUCUAGAUCCCAGUCAGAUAAUAACAUUCAUGUGUGGGACUCUUCUUUAGCCAUUGAGGUACCAAGUGAGAAAAUAAAGUCAGAGCCAGCUUUAUCCGAGGCUGUUGUGGAGCAAGCAGCUGCAAACUGUGAACAGUUGCAUUCACUUCCUGAUAGUUUAGAUGUAAGUGAAAAACAAGAUGUUGUUUAGAUGACACAGUUUUCAUUAGAUAUGCAAAGAAUAUGAGUGAGAUAUUCACUUUGUGAAACCUAACUGAUAAUACAUGAAUUAAACUCUUAUGCUUCCAUGAAUUUAAGCAGGAAGUAUACAUAAUGUGUGAUGGUAAACGUAAUAAAAAAUCAAAAUACAGUUCUUGAGACCUGACAGGAUGAAGUUUUGUUAGUUUCUUUAGUGCCUUCAAUGCAUUCAGGUCUGUCAUUGGCUGGAAUGAUACUGGCAAUUCUUGCUCAUUUCAUUGAUGAUAUGUAGAUAGUGCAAUAAUAUAUACAAGCACAGUGUGUUUGCAGGCUGAUGUUCAUUUUUUUAAGGCUCCUCUUUUGAUUCAGUGUUCUGUCGUUAAUAGAAAUUGUAAUUAUAGUGAUUAGCUCUAUUUUAUAACAUGGAACUGAAAGUAAAGAACAUUGUGUUAUUAACAAGAGAUAGUUUAGCUAGAAUUAUUAGAAGUAAAAUGUUUCUACAAAUUUUGUCUGUGGCACCAUUGACAGACUGAGGAUUCAUGUAGUUGCCUUAUUUUUAUGUGAGCUCCAGGAGUGUAUGGUGAAAAAUGUUUCACAAUUAUUUUGAAUAAUUACCUAUGUGAGAUGGAUAACCAACAUCUCAUUUAUAAAGGUCUCAUAGAGGGGGACAGUGGGAAAGAAUGUUUGUCAAAUAGCUACUGAAUUCUCCCAAAGUAAAAGAGCAAUCCAUGAAAGGUGGUUUUUAGAGCCACUUCUUUCUCCCUCUUCCCUCCCUCCUCCCUCUUCCAUUUGCUCCCAUUCAGUCUCCUUUGAGCACAGUGACAACUGUGUUCAACACAUAACAUUCAUUUUGGAUAGGAAUAGGGUUCAACUCCGUGUCUGGCCAUCCUGAAUUAGGUUUCUUGUCAUUUCCCUAAAUCGAUUAACAUGAAUGUUGGUACAGUUUCUUUCAAAACAUAUGGUCAACAUCCUUACUCCAUCUCUGAUGACGUCAUUGACCCCUAAUCUUCCAUUCUGUCCUCUUCCCUCACACUUCAAUUCUUCUCCCAUUUCACUUGCUCUCCUCCUUUCUGCUCUAUCUUUCUCUACCAUUUCAUCCUCCUUCCAUGGUCUUCUUUCUUCCUCUCACCCUAAUGUCACCUUACUCCCCCCCCCCCCUCUCUCUCUCUCUCUCUCUCUCUCUCUCUCUCUCUCUCUCUCUCUCUCUCUCUCUCUCUCUUACUGAAAGAAAUCUCCAUUGAGAGGUUUGCUAAUUUUAAGUAUUUAUGAUUUAUGUAAGGCUGUUUUUUUGGGCAAAGCCUUGUAUAUAUGAUGCUACCUGCCAAAGUGUAAAUGUUUUGUUCUUUGUGAUUAUUUUAUCUAAUGCUAACAGAAUUGUUGUAAUAUUAUGGAAGAGGGAGGGAGAGGGAUAGAGAGAACAAUUUUGUUACAAUCUGGUUAAGUAAGCAGAUGAGGAUUUAUAUAUAAUUGUUGUAUGGAAAAUAUAUGUGAUAAAAGUGCUGUGUGUGUAUCUGACACAUAAUUUUUGUGGAUAAACACUGUCAGUUAGUAGAAGGAAAGAGAGUGACAAAAACAUUUGACUGUGUGUAUGUAAUCAAGUGAGUAUUAAGACAGAUAUUGAAGGCUUGACUUUGAGUUUUCCGUGGGAAUAAAAUUUCAGUGAAACUUAUUGGAGAGAUUAUUAUAUUUUCAAGCUGCAAAACAACUCACUUGGGUGUCAUGAACAUGUUUGUUCUUGAAAGUGGGACAAUUUUUAUGAUGUAAAGAUUAAGAUUAUAAUUAUGAAUCUUCUAUGGAAAAUAUUGGUGAUAAAAGGGCUGUGGUAUGUAUAAUUUUCACAGAGAGGUGCUAUGAGUUAGUAGAAGGAAAGACUCGUGAACAGAAAAAUACUGACGGUAUUUAAUGGCUUUGGUGAAAUGUAGUAAAUAGUGCAGAGUUGUUAUUUAAUGGUGGGAGUUAGACAACUAGUUUUAACUUUCCCGUACUAUGUGACAGUUUCCUCUGAAAUGUAAAUAAUAUAUGAUUGUUACUGUUGUUUGUUCAAGAUAUUUGAAUAAAGCAUACAGACAGCAUUAUCUAACAGUUUUUAUAUUUCAGUUGCAAGGUGUAAUAAAAAAAGUA